AGCCACUGUGGACAGGGCGUCGCGGCUCCGAUCUCGAGCGAUCGAGGAACCUGCGGCCUGCGAUGUGCAUCCUGGUGGUGGCCAUCGGCUGCCACCCGGCGUACCCAACGCUCACCAUCUGCGCCCACAACCGCGACGAGAGCCGCGACCGGCCCUCAUCCGGCGACCGCCUGGAGCCAGAGACGGGGCUGGUCUGCGGCCGCGACCUGCGGGCCGGGGGCUGCGUGAUGGGCCUGCACUCCACUCGGGGAACUUCGCUGCACUCACCAACGUCCGCACGAGGCACAAGCGGGACCCCGCCACGGUGACGUCCCGCGGGCGGUUGGUCGAGCACCUCGCCUGCGGGCGCAGCCCGAAACUCUCGAGAUACAUCGACGAGCACUUGCUGGACCCCUUCCACGUCGUGUGCGGCAACGCCUUCGCAUUUCUUCCUCCUCUAUCGGAUGAUCCGCGCGUGCAGUACUCCUGGUGUUGCCCCGAGGAAGAUGAGGAUGGCAGCUUGGUCCGCUUCGCGACCGGGCCCGUGCAGGAGGUCCGCCAGGGAGUCUUCGUGGUCUCGAACGAGAACCGCGCGGCCGGCAGCGGGGCGUGGCCCAAGUGCAGCUGGCUCCGGGAGCGGGUGGCGGGCUUCAUGGCGGCACUGCCGCUGGCACCGCCGCCGCCAGUGGAGGCCGUGCACGCUGGGAUCGCAGAGAUCAUGGGGCAGUUCGACGUGCCAGGGAUCGAGCCGCCCGCGAAACUGCCAGACCACUUCACGCCUCGUCAGGAGGGGCUGCUGCACACGGGCCCGUUCUGCCCGUGGCGCGCCGACUUCCCGCACUUCGGCACGGUCUCGCAGCGAGUUCUGAUACGCGGUUCCGGUGCGGUCCGGUACUACCAUCGCUCCACCAACGUGGGAUCUGGGGAGGACGGACUGCGCACCACCGAGGUGCGACCCGUGGGAGUACAUCACGAUCCCCAUCUUGCACUCGCAGCCAGCAGGAGCUGAGCGCGUCAAGGCUUCGAGGGGCGAGCGGGAUGACGCAUGUGAUGGCCCGCCUGGCACGCGCCCCGCUGUGCCAGAGGCCAAGAGGGCGAGGUUGUGAGGUGCGCGCCCUCCACGGAAACAGUGAA